CAAUCCUACCAAUCUUUUCAUCCACACACACAACAUAGGCCGGAUAGGAUAUCAGAUUCGCCCAAUCCGCCAGACCAUCCAUCUACUGAGACCAUCUUCUCCAACCUCCGCUAGAAUGCUUCAGUACCCGUGUGAGUUUCAGACUUCCUCGGUUCCUGAGGUUUGAAACUGCUCUUCUCUUUUAGCAUAGAUCCAUUUGUUCUGCGUUUUAUCUAUGAGUACCUCUAAAUUGACACCACUCCAAUCGGUGUCAAUUGGCGACCGGUUCAAUUGGUGCAUCUACAGUACUCCAUUCGUACGAUUCCUACUUUCCGAACCACUCCCUACACCCCCACCCGGCCACUCUCCCCUGUCCCCUUUCCGGCGUAAUCACCAUUGCAGGAGCAAACAAACCCAAUGCUGCAAAGUUUUGGGCGUUCCGAAUUGUAGUUGUACACAGAGGCCUACUUCCUGAUCCGAAGUUGGAGUCAACUGUGAUGUCCAUUUGUAUGAACACUUCUGGUUUGGUAUGGCUGUUUCCCUUUGGCCUUAGUGCGGCAAUCAGUACCGGAGUUUCAAAUGAGCUUGGAGCAAACCAGUCCAACGCUACAAAACUAGCCAGAAAAGUGGUGAUGAUCACGGCCUUUGGGGUAUCAUUGCGCACCCUUUGGGGUCAUGUCUCUAUACCCCAGGCUUGAUUUCAAAACCAGCGCCCAACACAGAACACCAUGACAGAGGGUAGUCACAAGGGAGAGGAUCAUCAUCGCAUAAACAAUGUUUUGAGUUUGCAAAAACUUCACAAGACAUUGAAGGAUUGCAUAUGCGAAUACCCCAGUGAUCAUGUAAUAAGAAUGCAUCCCGGCUACUCUGCACAUCUCAGAAUCUUGAUGCAUGGCAAGGAUGAUGUGUUUUGUGUUUCCCCAUAUUAACGCAAUAAAAACACGAGCAGACAAGAGGAUGGUAAGUGCACGUUGCAAAUACACACCCACCAUACGAAGCUGCUGAGCUCCGAACGCAGUAGUGACAACCAGCGGUGACCGGCGGCGGCUAUGUAACCAAGCAUUUGUAGUCCAACAGCUUCGUAUGAUGGGUGUCUAUUUGCAACUUGCACUAACCAUCCUCUUGUCUGCGUGUGUUUUUAUUGCGUUGAUAUGGGGAAACACAAAACACAUCAUCCUUGCCAUGCAUCAAAAUUCUGAAAUGUGCAGAGUAGCCAGGAUGUAUUCAUAUUACAUGAUCACUAGGGUAUUUGCAUAUGCAAUCCUACAAUGUCUUGUGAAAUUUUUGCAAACUCAAAAUAUUGUUUAUGCGAUGAUGAUUUUGUCUCUUGUGACUACCCUGUGCCAUGGUGUUCCGUGUUGGGCGCUGGUUUUGAAAUCAGGCCUGGGGUAUAGAGGAGCCGCAUUGGCAACCUCUAUUUCCUAGUGGCUCAUGCUUUUGUUUGGCUAUACAAAAUAACCUAGCUUUCCCUAAAGAUGUGCCUUCAACCCUCAUACUAUGGUACGUCACAUGAUCAUUUGAGUUCACCACCGAACUUCUUCAUUAAUCUUUCAACAGUUAAAUUAAUUCAUUUAAUUUUAUUAUCUAUGGACGGAAACUGGUUUUGAAUAACUUUUUUUCCUCUUGCCUCCAUAAACAGUUUAAAGUUCUGGGUCUUCCAUAUUGUUGUUGUACUUAGCGGCCUGCUUCCAAGCCCAAAGUUGAAGACAUCAGUAAUGUCCAUUUGGUCUUAAAAGGUUGUGAUUAGAGUUCAAAACCAAAGGGUUGUUGUGGAAGGCUCCAAUGAUGUUGUCAUAGGAUAUGCCGUAGGAUUGCAAAGAAAUUGAUUGAAUCGAACAGAGUGAGCUAGCAUAUGCGUAAAUUAUUAAUCUUUUGUAGUACUCCAUUCGUCUCAAAAUUAUCUUCCUCUUUACUACCACGGAUUUGAUUGUUUGUGUAUGUAUUUUCAUUGGCCGUUUGAUAAUUAAAAAUAAAAUAAGCAUGUCAUU